UUGUACCUACCCCAAAGUCAAACAACCCCCCCUCAAAACCAAAUCAUCGAACUUGAGACAAUGGGACUGACUCAAGCCCGCUUCUUACAUAAGAUGGAACUCACAUCACCAAGCCUGCAACAAGCCAUGGCGCCCAUCCCCUCUAGCUUUCCUCUCACAAAUUGCACAGUCUACCCAUCUCGACCCUCCCCUGUAGAGCGUUACGACCUAACACCAUGGGAUCUGGCCAUGCUCUCUGUCCACUAUAUCCAGAAAGGUGUCCUCUUGGGACAAGCCCCCACUUCUUUGAGCUCUGUGCUGGACGGCCUCAAGGUCUCCUUGGCUGACUGCCUCGCUCAUUUCGUCCCUCUCGCGGGGCGUCUGGCCACGCAUACUGAUGGCUCCAUCUACAUCCACUGCAAUGACGCUGGUGCGGCCUUCAUCCAUGCCAAGGCCACCCAUCUAACAGUGGAUGACAUCGUGGCUUCGCCUUAUGUCACUGACGAUGUGAAGUCCUUCUUCGCCCUGGACGGUGUCAUUGGCCACGAUGGCCAUAAGCUACCCUUACUAGCGGUUCAGGUAUCUGGCAUAUCUGUUUGUGCAUUUGCAUCUGCGAUUCUAUUACAUGCAAUUCAACAUGUUUGGACACUAAAAUUUAUAUGUAUUGGUCAUCCCUUAUUUGCUAACAAUGGGCUUUUAAACCAUGAGCAGGUUACGGAGCUGAGUGAUGGUUUGUUCAUCGGGUGCUCCAUGAACCACGCGGUAGGCGUUGGUAGCUCCUUCUGGCACUUCUUCAACUCGUGGGCAGAGAUAUCGAGGGGAGACGGAAAUUCUUUAAAGAUCUCCCGGCCACCAGUACUAGAGCCCUGGUUUCUUAGGGAUCGCCACAUUGCCAUGCAUCUUUCAGAGGAUACCCUUGAAAGAUACUCCCCACCUCCCCUACCUGAGAGAUUUUUCCAUUUUAGCACCCGAUCAAUAGCAUUGCUCAAGCACAAGGCUAACAUGCACAUAGAUGAGGAUGUAUCCAGCAAGAUCUCUUCUUUGCAGUCUCUAACAGCACUCAUGUGGCGAGCUGUGACACGGGCUCAUGGUCUCCCUACAACUCAGACCACCAAAUGUGGGCAGGCCGUGGGGAACCGAUCAAGGUUAUCACCGCCUCUAUCACCUGACUACUUCGGCAACUCCAUCCAAGGUAUUGUUGCGAGUGCAACAGUAGGGGAGCUGCUCAGCCAGGAUUUGGCGGUAGCAUCAUUGCUGCAGCAGGCUACUCUGGGACAUACAAAUGUGAGUGUGCGAGCCCAUCUCGAGGCUUGGAUGAAAGCACCCCGGCAAAAUCACUUUAGCGACUUUGACCCUUUCAGUAUUAUGUUUGGGGGUUCACCCAGAUUCUCCAUGUAUCAGAAUGAUUUUGGAUGGGGGACACCCCUCGUGGUACGCAGCGGUAAUGCGAACAAGUUUGAUGGCAGAAUCUAUGCUUACCAAGGGAGGGAAAGAGAAGGAAGCAUAGACAUUGAACUGUGUCUUGCCCCACAGUCCAUGACUGCCCUUGAAUCAGACCAAGAGUUUCUUGAAGCAGUUACAGAGCUGUAAAUGGUUGGAAAAAAUUAAUCAAAACU